UUAAUGUGUGAUUUACUCGGAAAAAAAAUCAAUUCAUCAUUCCUAAGAAGAAAUUAAAAAAAAAAAAUCCGAUAUAAAGUAUAAACCAAAGGCACUUUUUUAGUUUCUUUUUCUCAAUCAUUGUACAGAGAGCAGAAAAAGAAAAAAUAAGAGAGAAUAUGUUUGCUCUGUGCUGCUGUCUUCAGUCUCAACUCCACUCCUGACUCGUUAUUCUCCUAAAUCGACUCAGUUCGUAACUCAAGUCUUUCCAAUAUGGAUGAUCUCACUCGUCGGAGACACGGCUCUCGCCGCCGAUCGUGGUGUUGCACGUUCACUGUACCUCCGUCGAGUCCUGAAAACCCUCAUUUGUCUCGGCAUUACCGUAACAAUAACAGCAACUGCAAAACCAAACUCGGUCCACAAAAGGCCGACUCACUCUCCAAACUCAAAACCUCCAACUCUGUCCCCAACUCACCCCAGAGUUCCAAAUCCGGGUUAACUGUCAUGGGUCGGCUAGACCCGCGGCGAAUCCUUUCACCCGGACGAGUCUCCCCUAUAGACCACACCGAUUCCUUCGAAGAAGAUCACCACUCUUGGCACGCCAUACCAUCCGCCGCUUCCGCCGUUGAUUCCCUACCCAGGUCACGAUCGCAGAGUUUUAGGGCCAAAAUAGAAAGCCCGGAUGGUCAUUGGGGUCUGGAUCCAGGUCGGGUCCAAGGAGGGGGAGGAGGAGGGUACGAUGUGAGACUGAAUCUGAAAGGGAAAAAUGGUGGGGUUUUGGUGUUGGAGCUGAAUUCACGGGUUUUGGCUUCGAAUUCGGAUGUUUUUGCGGGUUUGGUUGCGGGUUCUUUGGGUAGCAAAAUGUGUAGAAUAGAGGUUCCUGAGGUGGAAAAUUUAGGGGUUUUUAGAGAAACGAUUGAGCUUAUGUUUGAAGAAGAUAUAGCCAAGACGCUUGUCAAAUUUGGCGUUUAUAGAGCUAUUGAUAUACUUGAGGUAUCAGCUAGCAUUAUGUUUAGCAGAGGUGUUCUGUCUUGUUUAAAUUACCUAGAAGCUGUUCCUUGGACCGAGGAGGAAGAAGAAAAAUUAAGGAGCCUGUUUACAAGGUUCAAGUUUGAUGAUGCAACAAGUAGAGAUAUCUUGGCUAGACUAUAUUCUCAGCAAUCAACAGACACGCACCAAAAUUUAGCCAGACGUCUUGUUUCAUCCAUCACCACCUGCUGUGAUGCCAAUGCAAGAAAUGAGCUGAAGUCACUGGUCAAGGGUCUCCUCUGCAAAAGUUCAGUCUAUGAGAAGGAGCAACCUGAUGUCAACAAGGAGGAUUUCUAUGCUGUUUGCCAAUCUUGUGUUAAUGUGCUAGUCAACCUGUUUGAGGAGGCCUCUGAUGCUAUACCCCAUGAAAGAAUGGCCAAAAAGGAGAUGGGUAAGCCUCUAAUUGAACGCAUCUCCAGACAGGUGGAUAACAUCAAUUGGCUGCUGGAGAUCUUGCUUGAUCGACAGAUGGCAGAGGAAUUUGUGGAUCUGUGGGCCCAUCAAGGGGAUCUGCUUAAAAUGCACGAGAGAUCAUCUCCUAUGGUUAGGUAUGAGCUAAGCCGUGUUUCAGCAAUUUUGUUCAUUGCAAUGGGUACACGAAAAUUGCACUGCCACUCAGAGGCGAGGUCAGGGCUUCACCAAGCAUGGUUUGGUCCAAUGCUAUUGGACUUUGGUUGGCUGCAGAGAUGCAGAAAGGGGCUUGACAUGAAGGCAUUGGAGGAAGCUAUGGGUCAGACCCUCCUAACACUACCAUUGAAGCAACAAUAUGUUCUAUUUAUGGAGUGGUUCCGAUGUUUCUCCAAGCAUGGCACUGAAUGCCCUAAUCUCAGCAAGGCCUUCCAGAUUUGGUGGCGCAGGUCUUUCCUUAGGGGCUCUGAAACAUAUGGCAUUGAAUCCAGGUAAUUGAGUAAUAUUCUUUUAUUUUUAUUUUUAUUUGUUUCCCACGUGUGUGAUAUUGCAAUAAUGCAGUUUGAGUUAUUCACAAACAUCUGUAAGUGAAUAAUGCAGAAUCUAUGUAGAAUUGUUGUAAGAGGAAAAUGGCAUCCAAUUUUCUGUAAGAGCAAAAAUUGAAGCCUCAAGUCCAGCCUACCUUUAAAAUCCAAUUAGGUAAAUGAUCUAACAGGACUAAUCAAAA